AUGAAUCACACAUACUAUUACACCAGCAAUAUUAAUGCCUUCAAUAAUUACAACAAUGGUUACCAUAAUAAUGUCAGGUUGCCAUCCAUUGGUUCAUUAUUGCAAAGUAUAAAUUACGACAAUGAUUCCAACGGUGCUAUUACUAAUACCAAUACUAACGUUAAAACACAUACAAACGAUAAUCAUUUGGUUUAUAAUAAUAACGCAAAUUCUCAAUCUGUUAUUCCCACACCACAACCAACAAUAAAAGUAUUGAAUUGUAACAAUAAUCUGGCCAACAUUAUCACUACAAGAGUUGUAUCGCCACCCUCUCCCGUAUUGCUUAUGGAUAUGAAACAUAACAACACAUAUACUAAUUCCAAUAACAGUAAUAUGCAUACUUUAGCCAGUAUAGCAACGCAGCAAUAUCACCAUAAUAUUGAUGAUGCAGGUGUUGUUACGGUUAAUGCACCUGUUACCGACAAAAACAACAUUUCAACAAAUAUGACACCCAAUAAUUCUCGUAAUAACAGUGAGAGCUCUAUAGUUAAUGUACCACCACCGCCACACAUAAUGACGAUGAUGAUGACUACUCAAAAUAAUAAUAAUAAUAAUAACAAUGUUAUCAAGACUAAUGGAAGCGAUAUUAAGGGCAAAAUACAUAAAUGUUCAUGUAAACACAAGUAUAAUACUAAAAAGAGUGGUGUUACAGCAGCUACUAAAAGAAUCCCCAGACCAAGAAACGCGUUUAUUUUAUUCAGACAGUAUUAUCACACAGACCUAUUCAAUAGAAAAUUAAAUGAACAAAGGAAUAAAAAUAAUGUUUCUAUACCUACGACUCGAUCUAUACUCAAUAUUAGUAAUGACACCACUCCUAACACCAUCCCUAGUAAUAAUAAUAAUGAUGAUAAUGUCAUAGAUCAAGAAGACUCUUUUAAGUUAAAUAGUAAAGUUAGUCAGACCAUAGGGAACAAAUGGAGAAACUUGGCACCACAGGAAAAACAAUACUGGAUGGACUUGGCCAAGCAAGAAAAAUUACAACAUAGUUUACGAUAUCCAGAUUAUAAAUAUGUGCCUAGAAGAAAGACAGGUAAGAGUGGUAAGGGCAAGAAUAAAAAUCACGAAGGAGAGGAAAGUGAUGGUAUGGAUAAUAAUAUUAACGAGUUUGUCAACAACAGCGGUUCUGCGGGCUAUUGUGAGGUUUGUAAGAUGUUUAAAUGA